AUGGCGGCUCAAGAGAUCAAUCUACCACUUUAUAUUCAGUCUUGGCUACUAGAUACAGAUUAUUCAUGCGCUGUGGUAGAGCAGGUCUACGGAGGAAGUGUUAACCUGACCUUCAGGGGAGACCUCAAGCACCCUCUCAAAGACGGGACCCGAAGUAUUAUUCUCAAGGAAAGCCGUGGGUUCAUGGCCGCGGUUCAGACCAUAGCUUGUCCACUGCAUCGAUGUCUCGCCGAAGAACUGAUAUUGCGUUCUGUAUCCAAGGAACAAGUGGUAAGCUUCCACGAAAAUGUUCGAGUGCGAACUCCACGCCAUUACGGCACUCUCCUACGAGACGACAGUCACUUGCAGAUCAUGGAAGAGCUACCCAGCACGCGAACAUUGAAGGAUCUACUCCACUAUCCCGAGACGUGGCUAAGCGCCCAACAGGCCACAGCCGUGGGUCACGCUUUGGGCAAGUGGCUGUUCAAAUUUCAUCACUCCGGCUGUGACCGCUACGACCCCGUGCUUGCCAAAGCAUUGGGAGAGAAUAGCUGGCUAAGAGACGACAUGUUCCCUAUGAUGCAUACCGUGGUGGAGCAGCAAGCUCAGGAUUUUCCUCACCUGUUCAAGGGAGUGGAAGCAAAGAUCAUUCGUGCGCGAACAGAUGCAGCCUUCAUGAUGGUUGAGGAAGAUGGAAUGGCACUGAGACAUGGGGACAUGAACAUUUCGAAUAUCGUCGUUUCGGCCGACUCGUCCGACGUCCUGCUGGGGAUUAUUGAUUGGGAGGCAUGCGACUACGGGCCUCGACAACACGACCUGGGAGUGCUCCUGGCGGGCCUGAUCUCGGUGGAACGCCUCUGUCAUACAGAGGUUGCGGUGCGCGUGCUGGAUGGCGUCCUGCACAGCUACCCGGUCCGCAGUGAGGAUUCGGCCUUCUGCAUUGUCGCUGCAGUGGGAGCCUGGCUAUUCUUGUGGCCGUGGUGGUGCUCGCCUCCGCCGUCGUCGCCGAGCAAGACCCGGGAUGUGGAAGGACUAGUGAAAUUUGCCUGGAACCUCAUGACCAAAGGACUGGAACGCGACAGGUGCUGGAUCAAUAACACGAUCCUGGCCCCCUUGUUCGAGGGGGUGGAGGGAAGUGAAAAGUAG